AGGUGCUGGAGCUGGAGAAGGUACCUGCUGGGAGUUGUAGUCCACAAGGGCAACUUCCCUUUCCUUGGCAACACUGGCCAGGCGUUUAUUGCUGCCUUUGGAGGCUUCUUUCCCACUGGCUGCAAAGCCCUUCUUGCAAAGAGAGAGGCAGAAGCGGGCAGGCAUUCCCACGAGACGUGUUGACACGCAUCUGCUAUGGCUCUCUGGGGCCCCCUCCGAGUGAUUGAGGGCGAAGCUGGGGAUGAUGGGCGCUGCCUCCUCUACCUUUCCCAGGAGCCCCCUCCGAGGAUCCAGUGAGUGCCGAAAAAGAACCCCCAUAAAUAACAUCCACACUGAGGAGCUAAUCCACUUUGACGCCGCUUUAACCGCAGCUUCUGACUCUUUCCUACAGGAAACCCUGGGGCUUUGCAAUGCUUUUGCUUUGUUUUGCAGCACUCUUUGGCAGAGGAGGCUUUGCAAAACUACAAAUCCCAGGGUUCUCUUGGAUGGAGCCACAGCACUUAAAGCGGCCUCAAACUGAGUGAUCCCUGCAGUGUAGACAAGGCCAAGUAAGCCUCAUGGGAUUUGCAAAAGCUGCCAGAGACAUUUGCAAAGAGGGGGAUUCAAGGAGCAUCUCACCGACGCUUGCGACUUGUGGAGUUGUGAGAUCGCAGCGGACAAACCGGGCGGCAAUAGAAGUCUUGGCGCACCAGACCCCCACCCUGACCCUCCGCGACUCCGUGGCCACCCUGUGCUUCCAAGAUGGCGGCCAACGCUUGGCCUUUGACCUCUCCAAAGUGCCCCUCUCCGAAGCCAGGAAGCCACUCCAGGAGCUGAUGUUCGGCUUGGUGGCACGGGUUCACGCCUUGGAGGAACGCUUGCAAGAAAGAUCAGCUUCCGCAGCUCCAUCGCCGGUCAGCAGCCCAGAAAAGGCCACCUUAAGAGGCCAAAGUAUCUUUGCUCCAGAUAUAAGCCCUGCAAAGUGCAAGACCGGAGCUGGGCAAGCGUCCACCAAGAAACGGCUCCCAGGGGAAUCGCUCAUCAACCCUGGGUUCAAAAGCAAGAAGAAGCCAAAAGGAGUGGAUUUUGAAGACCCUUGACUGUGCCUCAGAUUGAUUUCCACACUGGAAUCCCAAAAGAGCCCCUUCCUGGGUUAAUUUUAAUGAGCUGCUUUUAAAAUAUUUAUUGCAUAAAUGAAUUUUUUUAGACACGAUUGCACACAGCAGAAGACAUGUGUGGCCUGUUGCUUAUUUUACAGUCAAAGUGGAUCUCAGAAGGAACGUCACAGGACGGCCUCCGUCCCUUUUAAAAAUGAACGAUGUCUGAAGCAAUAAAGCUAAUCUUAUCAGUACUUUCUUA